UAUUUGAUCUAUUUAAUUUUUAGCUUAUAUAAUAGAUAUUUAGAAAAUACCAUAUAUAAUAUAUAAAUAUUAGAAAAAUAUUGUAAGUGACAUUUGUAGAAUAUAUAUAAUUAGCAAAAAGGUGAUAUAUUGCAAAGUAAUUCAUUUAAUGUAUCAAAAUAUACUUUUCAACAAAUAAAAAUGCUAAUUUGAUCCUUCUUACCCUUUUUUUAUUUUACUUUUUUAAUCUAAAAAGUUAUUGUUGAAAUUUAAAAAGCUCUUUAUUGCAUGGCAGAUGCCCAUGGUGGGGUCAUUGGUUGUGGAUUUUGUAAGUAUGACAUUACAACUGCUGAUAUAGAUAACAUAAAACUACUAAGAAUUUGUUUGGCAUCAUCAGUCACUUUAGAGUUGGCAAAACUGAUACAUGAACAAUAUAAUGCAACCCAUGCACACCAUUUUAAUCUCAUCAUUAAACCACACAUGCUAAAGAUCAUUCCUAAUAUAUUCAUAUAAUCUGGAGUUGAAUUGUCGCCUGGUUGCACUUGACUACUUGACACACUCGGUUUGUAACGAACUUCUCGUUCUGGACGUCUAGGAUCCGAUGAACUGUUCAUUUUAUCAACUGAAAUUUAUAGUAUAAUAAAUAUAUAAAAUGUAACUUAUACGAGCAACUGUAAUUUAACAAUGACAAUCAGCUGACCAUUCAAUAAAUGUUUCCUUUCAAUCAAAUGCACUAUGAAGUUCCUCACUUCAGACAUAAUCCUGACAUGUAGUAAUAUUCUAAUGAGUUUAAGAAUACUCAAAUAAUUUUUAAAAAAGUAAUAUAUUUUAUUUUUGAAUAUAUUUAAAACCAUCAAUAUGUAACAUACAUUUGUUUAUUUUCAGAUUUAAUUAAAAAUUACUGAAUUCUCAUUAAUCAUUUAUUCUUACAUUCUAAUACACAUAAGGUAUCGUAAAAUCGAUACAUCAAAUCGAAAUCAUAUAUUCAUCACGUGCAGUGUAGGAUACGCGCCACGUGCAUUAUUCUAAACAUUAUUUAAGGUUUCCAUAAGCGUUCUAAAUAUUUUUAUUCUAAACGUUAAUUUUUAUUCUAAAUGUGAAAAAAUACAUAGUUUAAAAAUGAAUAUAAUACCGUGUACAACUUGGGUGAGAAAAGGUGUUGCCUCUACAAAUCCUGAAAAGAGAUAUUGAAAGUGAUAUAGACGAGGAACAUGAUGAAGUUGUAAAAGAAAAAAAUGAAGCAGAAUCUCAACCUAAUACAUCCAUAAUCGAUGAAUAUAACUUUGAUAAAUAUGAUGACGAAUCAAAUAGCAUACAUUGCAAUAUUGGUGGUAUUGCAAUUUUUGAAAAAGAUGGAGAAGAUCCCUUUAUAACAGGAGAAGACAAUGAUUCAGAGAAAGAAGAUGAUAUUAUCAAAAGUGAUGACAAUCUUGUAUUAAUAGGACAUGUAGAAGGAGAUGCCAGUAUCCUGGAAGUAUUUGUAUAUAAUGAAAAUGAAGGUUCAUUUUAUUGUCAUCAUGACAUAUUGUUACCAUCAUUCCCACUGUGUAUAGAAUGGCUCAACUUUGAUUCUUCAGAUCCAAAACCAAGUAAUUUAUGUGCAAUUGGUAAUAUGACUCCUAUAAUAGAAGUGUGGGAUUUAGAUUUGAUAGAUUGUUUAGAACCAGCUUAUAAACUUGGUUCUAAACCAAGUAAAAAAAAAAAUCGGAAACGUGUCGGACAUAAAGAUGCUGUAUUAGACUUAGCAUGGAAUGAAAAUUAUGUGCAUGUACUUGCUAGUGGCUCUGUUGAUCAAACGGUUCUAUUAUGGGAUUUAGAGAAUGGAAAACCUGUAAAUAAAUUUACAUCUUUUUAUGAAAAAGUUCAGUCAUUAAAAUGGCAUCCAAAAGAAACUCAUCAAUUACUAACAGGUUGUGCAGAUAAGGUAGUGAGAUUAUUUGACUGUAGGUAUAAAGAAAUUGUAAAGACAUGGAAAAUAUUGGGAGAAGUGGAAAAAGUAUUGUGGAAUCAUUUUGAUCCAAAUUAUUGCAUAGUUUAUCACUUAGUUCAUCAUGCUGUGGACUUCUAGUUACUUCAGCAAAUGACGGCGUCAUAAAAGUAUGGGAUAUUAUUAACAAUUCAGAACCACGGUUUAUUUGGGAAACAAAGACUAAUCUUGGUACUUUAUUAUGCCUUGCAUCAAACCCAGAUAGUCCUUUUAUAUUUUCUGCUGGCGGUGAUAAUAAAUCACAUAAUUAUAAGAUAUUUGAUAUCUCAGAAGUACCAGAAGUACGCGAGAGAUUUCAAGAACGAAAGCGUAUUACAUUGCGAAGUAUUACCAAUGAUACAAAAAUAAAAGAAGAAGAAAUGAUGGAUGUAACUGAAGAUAUAGAUUCAAUAGUUUUAAAUGCAGAUAACAAGAAAAAUAAUGUCUAAAAGAAAGAAAUAAAAGUAAGUAAAGAAGUACAAUAAAGAUUAUAAAUUAUAUUAAUAAUGAAAUCUGCAAAUACUACAACUCAAAGGUAAUUGUGCUACUUUUUACUUGUAUAUUAUUUUGAUAUAAAUAAAAUAUUAAAAAGGAAUGCACAUACUUGGAAGGCUAAACUAAAAUUUGUAUUGUUUCUUCUUAAAACAUGUAAUUUAUUUUUUCCUUGUAAUAAUAUAUUGUUAAUUUCAACAGUAUUUUUCGAAAGUUUUAUAAUCUGUACAACAUAGUAAUUCUGUUCUAAUAAUUUACAACACACACAAAUUCAAUUUUAUUUUAACAUAUUUUUACACAUUAAAGACAAUUGGUACAACUUUUGAUUUGAAUUGAUCCAAUAUUUUAAAAAAUUUUAAGACAUUGAUAUUGAAUUGAUUUUAAAAAUUAUUUUUUUAAUCAAUGAAUGUAAUUGAUAUUAUAGAUUUUGUAGUUGUACAUUAUAAAAUAUAAAGCGUGUACUGUAAUGAUUAAGAAUACAUUAUCUUGAUAAUGAUAAUUUAAUAUAAUUUAAAAUAUAUCUGUCAUUGAUUUUUUUCAAUUUUUGUCUAAAGUAAAUAUUAAAAUCAAAAUGAUUUGUAAUUACAGCUGAGAAUAUAAAAAGUUAAAAUUAGUUUCUAUUCAACGAAAAUUUGAUAUUUAUUUUAUAAAAUUUAUAAAAUCGAUGAUCAUGAAAAACAAUUGAGAAAUAGCAAUUACAAUUUCAUUUAUGUCAUAAACUCUUUUUAACAUGGCAUGAUUAUAUAAUUUUUUGGUACCUGAAUAAUUGUAUGUAUAAAUGUUUGUAAAAGUAUGGAUUUACUUUCAGAUUUAUGAUAAAGAAUAUUUACUUUAAUGACAAAUUACAUCUUAGAGGUCACUCUAACUAGCAUAUAAAUAUUUUACAUAAAAUUAAAAAGAAUUAGUUGUAUAACAUGUUAACAUUCCAUGUACUUAUGAAAUAAUCGUAUGGUCCUUGUAGUCACAAUAAAUUUUGUUUAUCAAUUCAGUAAUGCUAUUUCUUACCUGGUAACGAAAGACAUGUAAAAAUAAAUAUAAAAAGAAUUAUAAAUCACAGUUAUAAGUGAUUGGGCAGUUACUAAUAUGAGCUAGCUUUGCAGCUUUUACGCUCUGCUGUAGUACCAGUAAUAAAAAAAUGAUAGUCUUCUGUAGAUAUAUUUCAAUAUUUGUGAUUUUACUACAUAAAGAAACUAAUAUUUAGUAAAUUGGUCAAAUAUUUUCGAGUAAUAUGUCGAAUCUCUAUAUCUUAAUAGAUUAUUAAAGUAUGGACAAUAAAGAAGUACAUAAAAGUUACAUCUGUUGUGUUGAACAUAAUGAAAAUUGUGAGCAAUCAAAAUUAACAAAAUUCUUUAUUAUAAAUUCAGAUAUUAUUUAAAAUAUAUAUUAAAUCAUACGAUACCUAUUUCAAUUUAUAUUAUAUUCUAUAUUAUGUAAUUUAAUUGUAUAUUCUUUUAUGUAUACAUAUACACAAUGUAUAUAUAUUAUGUAUAUAUAUAUAAAUUAAAAACUUCUGCAUUAAUGAAAUUAACUGCUAUUAAAAUGUAAAACUUGGAACAGAUCAAAUUUAUAGAUAGUUUGGAAUGGGAUAAAGGUAUAUACGUACCAAUGCCAGUGUCUUAAUUCGUCCUCGCAGUAAUUAUUAAAUAAACAAGUCAAAUACCUCAUACAUAAAUGAGUUUGUUAAAAUAUUCUAAUUAUCAAUAAUCUUACAACAUGCUUUCUGGCAGUGGUGUCAUAGAUUCAAUGAAAGUCAUGUGGACAUUAUUAUGUCAACAAUUAUAUCAAAUUCCAUUUGCCAUAUUAAGGUACAUAUAUAAUGCAUUUGUUAUGAUUAAUAUUGUAUAAAUAAUGUCUUAUGUAAUAUCCAAAGUUGCACAGAUUUAACUAACUUUUGUUUUGAGUGUCAAGAUUACUGUUAUGAAACAGAUAGUUUUGAUGUCAAUAUGUAGCAACAAUAUAUAACAUAUUUCUUACAUUAUAUUGAAGACAUAAUUCAAUGUUUCCACUGAUAGCAUAAAACAUCUGACUUCAUUGAAUGUUACAUAACCUUAAUUCAUACACAUAUGUAAUAUAGCACUGAGCUAAGCAUCUGUUCCUAUAUCAAGACUUCUAGAAUCUUGAUUAGAAUCAUGCUGACUUCCAUUUUCAGAAGAAGCACUGCUAGAUAAACCAGAUUGAUCUGAACUUUUUUUCACUUUGGGCUUAUAUUCUGUAAUAACGACAGUAACAUUGUUCACUGUCACUUCAUUGGUCUGAGCAGUACUACGAUCUAUAUUUUUAAGACGAGGUGGAUGCCUAUUUUUACGCCUUGGUUUGUCCAAUUUACGGUCUUUUUCUUUACCACUACUAGUUGUACUACCCCCACUUCCGCCUUCCUUUUUUCCAGGUUUUAAAAGUGGUACAUAUUGUUGUGUAACCUGUUGUGCCACAAGUUGGGGAUUAAUACGGGGUUUCCGCGUCGAAGUUCCUUUGCGGACGUCACACAUGAGGCACUUAAAUGCUUCUGCGGUAUUUCUAUAUGUGCAAACACUGCAGUCCCAAUAGUUUUCUUCCAAAACCUUCGCCUGACGUUUUCCACUUCCCGAAUGGUUCAUUGUUCAUGAAAGUCAGUUGUAGAACACUGUACCUUCUCAAAAGAGAGCUAGCCUUCCUAUACGUGCUUUCAGCCUCAUUAAAAGUGAUUUUAUAAACACUGGAUACUUUAUGACAAUGAGAGUGCUCUAAAAGAGCAAGGAUAAAGAUAUGUAAUAAAAGAAAUAGACAAUUGCCUAAGACAAUAUUCUGUGCAUCAACUAAACAAGAUACACAAUUGUCUGACGUAUUCAUCUUUGCUAUAUAAGCCAUCUAUAUCUCUUUGUUGUGACAUUCUGAUGUACAUGUUUUAAAAUAUAUAUCAAUUGAAAGCACCAAUUUAUGGAACUUUUUGUAUAGUAAGGGUUAUCCGUCGUUUUUUGUUAUAUCACAAAUUUUUACUUUUUCACUUACAAAACUUAUAUUAAACAUCCAUGGGGCAAUGUGUUAUUAAUAAAAUCUUAAUUACGAAAAGUUUAAAUACUUUUUAUAAUGUAAAGAUUUCAAACAUUCUUUUCUUUAAUGAAACAGAUGGAAUUCUUCACUUGCAUAUAAAAGUAGCAUUAUUCCACAUAUAAGAUGUUCUCCUUGUCAGUAUUAUCAGUAUGUUUUAUGCACGUACACAAGACACUUUGACACAUUUACAGUCAAGAUAUUUUUCUGAUCUUUUGUGUCAUUGUAAAACAGUUACUUUACACAUAAAACGUUAUAAAAACCAACUAACUCGAAGAUAUUGACAAACAAUCCAAAGCGCUGUUCCCCUAUAAGUCGAACAGCGGAAUGUUGAAUACGGACUAAAAUACUAUUCGGUUUGGCAACAUUGAUGCAUCAAAUGAGAUGGAUAAAUCAUGGGAUCAUCCAUGGACCACAGAGGAAAUGCGAAGAAAGAGAAGAGAAUGGAGUUUAGCAGGAGAUGCAGGCCUCCUUAAGCAUCUUCAGCAAUUUUCCGAUAAUGUAGUAUCGAGAGCAAAUAAAACUCAAGAAGCCUUAGAUUCACUGACAACUCAACUAAAUGAAACCACAAUAUUUAUAGAUAAUGUUACCAAUACAUCUUUGGCUUUAGCCAAUACUCAAUUUAUUGAAAGCCGUGUGCAGGAAGAUAAUAUAGAAAUUGGGGAACAAGUAGAAACAUCAAUUCAGCAAAAUAAAGAUGAAGAUUCUACAACUGCAGAUUUUAUAGCUAGUGUAAGUGAAAGUGUAAAGCAAGGCCUAAAUAUAAUGUAUGAAAAAUAUAAAGAAAUGGAGUUUGUUGAUAGUGACAGUGAAGAAGAGGACAAUAAAGUAGUACUAAGUGUUGUAUUGGGGCCAAAUAAUCCAUACCAAGAACGACCUUUGCCUUAUGUUAUUGGCUCAGAAAAAUGGAAAAAUUCAAAUAAAAUUGGUCUAGAAAGCAGUAGUGAAUCUGAACAAGUAGAUGAAGAAGAGGAAUCAGAAAGUGAAGAUGAUACAACAGCAGCGUUUAAAGAUUAUAAUUCUUCUUUGAAUGAAUCUGAUUACAGCAAAAGGAAUGCUAUGGCAUAUAUAGGCAAUGACAAAAUGGAUACACUUAGUCAAAAUGAUAUAGAUUCUGUCCCUGAAUCAAUUACUCCUACUGAUACUGUAUCAAAGGUACCAUUACCAAACAACAUAACACCAAAUUUUGCAGAAGAAUUAGCCAAGCGAUUAGGUACAGUUCGACAGGCCCAAAAACCUGUUGUAGAUGAAAAAAAUGAGGCAUCAAUAAAUCGAUUUAAAGAUGAUUUAUUUACACCAGAGGAAGAUGAAAAUAUUUUGAGUGAUAAAUCUAAAAUUACAUUGGGCAGAAAUAAAGGAUAUUUAAAUGAUCAAUUCACUGGAGAUUUAUCGAAGGAAAAACAAAUCAAAUCAUAUAAGAAUAAUAUCAUACCUGCUAGUAUCGAUGUACCUCCUCCAAUUAGUACUUUUAAAUUUUUACAAACUUGUGUCUUUUUAAGAUGUUCAAUAAGAGAAUCUGUAUUUGUAGCGACGAAACCAAAAUCUGCAAUUGAUGAUCUUUUUGCUGAUGUUGAUUCCGAUGAUAUUUUUUCGCCGAAGAAUACAAUCACGAAAAAUAAAUAUUCUAGUAAUAAUAAUCAGUCAGCAAAUUCAAAAAAUAUACAAAAGAAAUAUUUGGAGACUGUAACAGCAACUAAUAAUAUGGCCACAAGUACCCCAGAAGCAGACGUAAAUACUACUAAUUUAUUUAAUGAUGACGAAGAUGUUAGUGAUCUCUUCGGAUCAUCUAAAAACUCACAAUUAAAUAAAAAAAAACCAGUGGAGGGAGUAUCAAUAUUUGGAAAUAUCUUAACUUCAGAGAUUGAAGGUAAAUUAUCUCGUAGGAUAUCGCAAACUCAAUCAUCUGGAUCAUCCGGAAGUAAUACAUCAGCGAAUUAUGAAAUUAGCAAUGAAUCGAUACUUGGUCGUUCGCGAAAUACUAUUUUGAACAAUAAUAUUAGUGAACGAGACUCCAGUGUGAUAGCAAGAAAUAAUACAGAAAAUUCAGGCAUCGUCACUGAAAAUAGCUACAGCAGCGGAAUAUCGAUUGAUCCACCAAGUAUCAAUAAUACAGGUGGUUCAAGCAUAGGCGUUGACUUCCAGCCUCAGAUGACGUCAACACUUUUAAAAUCGGAAGAAAUCUACCGAGAACGAAUCAGCAAUGAUAGCCUUUUCACUGCACGUACACAGAAUGCAGUAAAUGUUACUUCGAUUUCGAAUUCGACAAAUAAUCAACCGCAGGAAGAAUCGAUCGAAGAUAUUUCAUCUAUACAACAGGAUGAUGCAUUCGAAAACGAAGAUCUAUUUGGUCCACCUCCAUUACCAAAAGCGGAUUCAAAGCCGGCAAAAUCGAAGAUACCAUCGUUAUUUGACGAUUCCGAUUCUGGUGACGAAUUAUUCUCGACGACCAGUUCAGGUUCUAGAUCGCAAAGAAGUAGCGAUUUAUUAACUUCUCAGUAUUCCGAUAAAAUCAAAUCCACGCAACGGAAAGGCCUCUUUGACGAGGAAAUCGAUAUAUUCAAUAAUAAGGAUUCACCAGACGUCGAUAUUUUUGGCAUAAUACCGAAACCGAUUGCAAAACAGGAAAACAGUACCUCUAAUAGAAAAUUUUUGGACAUACCUGAUGAUGAUCUAUUCGCAAACAAUAUCCGAGAUACGAUGCCGAAAAACAAUGGCUUAGAAAAGAAUGAAAACGUUACUACGUCGAAGGAAAUUAAAUUGUUUGAUGAUGAUGAUAUCGAAAACAAUGAUCUAUUUACUAUAAAACCUGUGAAAAGCGAAACUAAAAAUGAGCCUAGCAUUUUUAACAAUGAUGAUGAGAAUGAUUUAUUUUCCGUGAAGAAGCCAAUUGAUAAGAAACAAAAAGAUGAUAAACAGUUGUUAGAAACGGUUGCAUCCGGAAUAGAUGUCACGACUCGGAAAGUUUCAGUUGGGAAGAGCGAAAGUAAGAGUAGCGAUAUUCUUUCAAACAACGGAUUGUUCUCUACUACUAUUGGGUCACACGGAUUAAUUUUCGAAGAUGAUGAUUACGAUGAUUUGUUCAGUACCAAAAAUAUAUCAACGGAAAAAAUAAAAGAAGAUGCACAUUUAAAUUUGGAUACGAUGGAGGAGACUAAAGAACGUUCUAUUAAGAAUGUUGAAACAUCAGAUGAUUCUGAUAUCUUUGCUAAAUCUGAAAAAUCGAGUGUCCCUAUUACCACUCUUAAGAAUAUAGAACAAAAUAAUGAUAUGCAAAUUACUAGAUCUGAUGAACGCGACUCUAUGCAAAAUACUGAAAAUGAAUUAAAGAAGAGCCCUCCAAAAUCGUUAGACAUACAAACAACUGUUGCCUUGUCUUCGCCCGAAAAAAAUAAUCAAGGAGCUAAACGAGUAGUUUCUGGAAAGAUAAAAAAUUUAAUGGGAAGAAUGGGGGACUUGAAGAUGAUCUCGCCUAUGGAUACACCACCGGUAUGGCGAAGAAGCAAGGAAAAAAUGGAUGAGGAAGAUAGUGCAGCGGAUAGAGAUAGCGAUGACGGUGGAUAUGUUAGUACACAAGGUCAUAAUUCGCCAUUAAGUGUAUCAGAAGACAAUACUACACAGAAACAAUUGCAGCAGUCGACAACUGCGGAUGAAAAUAAUGUAGAAAAUGCCAUUAGUUUCGACGAGCCAGCUCAAGUGGAAACGUUAUCUACUACCGCUUCAAAGACCCGAGUUAGAAUACAAGCGAGACGCCGACCACAAAGUAGACAAGCACGAAAAUCCGCCAUUAGGCAAAGCGGAAUCGAUUUUGAUACUGUAGAUGCUGUUAAGAAUAAUUCACAAGAUGAGAAUCAAGUUAAUCAAUCAUCAAGUAUUUUUAGUAAAGAAAUCUCCACGGCUGUGAAUGUUAGUGCCCCGCAUACAACCACCGUGAUUUCUGAUCACUUGAUUUCGUCGACCAACGAUAAUCUUUAUCGAACGUCUGACACUAACAUUUUCUUGGUUGCGGAUGAUAAAUCUGAAUUAGGCAGCAUAAGCAAGGAAAGUUCAAUGAGUGCGAACAAAAAUACUUUGUUGUCCCCGUCUACGGACGAAGAAGAUUUAUUUGACGUACCGCCAGAUUUACCAGAGGAUCCACAAAAAGAAGAUACACUGUUUGGUAGGGCGCCUAUUCUUUCUCCAGUUGAGAAAGUUAUUUCUGAGAAGCCACCUGUUACCUUUAAAGUAUUAAAAGACACGCACAUUAAACAAGUCGAUGAUGUAGAAGCAGAAACAGAAAAAACUCCACAGAAGGUAGAAAAAAGUAGCACGCUAUCUGAAUCUAGUAUCUCUUCUAAUGCAAAUGUUACAAUUUCACGCGCCACUAAAAAGGAAUCCACGCAAGAAGAUACGAAAUUCGAAGACAAAUUAGAAGAAAUGAUCGAUCCAUUACGAGAUGAUAGUCAUGAUCCGUUGAAAGAUCCAAGUCAGUUAUUCGCUUUUGUUACGAAAACACCGUCUCCAGAAAAAGGAAAGAACUUGCUAUUUUCCGAAGAUGAUAGUUUGUUCUCUAGUGGUAACAAGAAAUUAGCUGAAGAAAAAUCUACGAAAAAACCAAUCCUAGACUUGUUUACUGAUGAUGUGGAAAGUGAUCUAUUUUCGGCGACUUUAACUAAAUCUAUAUCUAUAAAAAAACCUUUGAAAGAUACCAAGAUUAGUUUGUUUGACGAAGAAGAUGAAGAUGAUAGUUUAUUUGGAUCUGUUGCAAAAAAGUCGACGAUGGAAAGCGAACUCGGGAAAAAACAUUCUGCGGAGCAAUCAGCGAAGAAAAUAAGCUUAUUCGGUGAUGACGAUAACGACACAAAUCUAUUUUCUGAGCCAUUUGAACAAACACAGAAGUCAGAUUCUGAAAGUAUUCAAGAAAAAUCGAGUAAAAAUGACACGUUUACAAGCAUUACGGAGACCGUGAGAACCUCGCACAUUACGGAUAUUUUUGCCGAUCAAUCGAGCGGAGAAGAUGAUAUUUUCGCGAAGAUAUCGGCUCCAAAGAAAAUCACUGUCACAUCGAAAUCCCUGUUUCCUUCUGACGACGAUGACGACGACGAUAAUAUUUUCGGUAAGAAAUUCACAAAUGAAUCGCAAAUAAAAACAACAGAAAUACGCUCGAGCGUUAAAAAAGCGGUGACAAGGGAUCUAAAAAAGACAGCUGAAAAGAUUGGCGAAGACCCAUUGAGUGCUUUAUUAGAUGAUUAAAUGUAUUUUUUUCUUUUUCGGAAAUUAUUAGAUAGUUAUUGAUAUUUGUUGUUUCAUGUAUACAUUUCAUAAGUUUCUGAAAUUAGAAAUUGAACAUAUACAAUACUUCCAAAGUUGUAUAUUUCUCGCAAAUCAGGUGUAUAAAUUAUGGAUAACGCUGUGCGUUCAAAAAUAUUGUCACUGCAAAAUGAUGGAAAAAAAAUUUGAUUGUAUAUAAAGUAUAUUUGUUUUUAUUUAUUCUUUCUAUUGCUACAGAUAUUUUACAGUAUUUUUUCAUUGUCACUGUUAUAAAUAGAAGUCAUAAAACUAAAAUCUAUUAAACUACUAAAAUCGUAAUAGUACCGAGGACAACGAACAAUAGAAUAUUACACAAAUAAAACUGUAAUUGAUAUUGCUUGAUUUGUUGCCAUCUUGUUACACAAUCCUUUUGCAUAGUCUGCAAGCAAUGCUUUUACAUGUGAUGGUAUAUCAUGAUAAAUAUUAUAUUUUCUGUAAUUUAUAUAUAAUUCGUCGUGUAUGUAUAUUUUAUUUGUUGAUAAGACAUUCGGUAAUAUAUUGUAUUGUAUAUAUUGCAUUCUCUCUAUGAAACGUGUAUUGAAGUACAAAUAAAUUAACAAAAUAAAUAUUAUC